CAGGUGGAUUUGUGGGUCUCUGGGACGAACUGGUACGAAAUAAAACGGUUACGUGAAACGGCUUUCCAGCCGAGUGAAGAAGAUAAUCUUGUUACAGUUCAUAUUAUCUGGGGCUUGAGAGAACAAGACCGAAGCAGGUGUCAUUUCACGGAUUAUAAAUGUAAAGGAGAGACAGUAUUUGAAACAAGUUUUGACCUCAAUCCUCCUCCCUGUCAGAAUGCUAUGUUGGUGAGUUGAAUUUCCGCGGUGACUGCACUACUACACAGUGGGUUGUAGUACACCAGGAUGUGACAUAUUACGUAUACUUACGCCAAUAUUACGGCCUGAUACAUUCAACCAAGUACUUCCAAAGAAGAAUUAAUAGUUUAGAACUGAACUGAAAGUAUAAAAUAAAGUUAGUUUAGUUUAGGUAUCCUCCUGUAGUAACACUGGAUCAAUAAGAAAUGAUCCUUGAGAGAACAGUUUAGAACUGAUAGAGCUAUCCAGUAUAAACAAAGUUAGUUUAGUUUAGGUUUCCUCCUGUAGUAACACUGGAUCAAUACGAGAUGAUCCUGAGAACAGUUUAGAACUGUUAGAGUUAUCCAGUAUAAAUAAAGUUAGUUUAGCCAGGUUUCCUCCUGUAGUAACACUGGAUUAAUAUGAGAUGAUCCUUACUGGACCUCUAGGAAGAACAGUUUACAACUGAUAGAGCUAUCCAGUAUAAACAAAGUUAGUUCAGUUUAGUAAGAUUUAGUCACCAUUUCAUUUAAGAUUUAGUCACUCUAUUCUCUGCUAGUUUCUGUUUCCUCCUGUAGUAACACUGGAUUAAUAUGAGAUGAUCCUUACUGGACCUCUAGGAAGAACAGUUUACAACUGAUAGAGCUAUCCAGUAUAAACAAAGUUAGUUCAGUUUAGUAAGAUUUAGUCACUCUAUUCUCUGCUAGUUUCUGUAAGCACUCUUAAACGUUUCCCUCUUUCAAUAUUUUAGAAGCUAUGUAGUAAACUAAGAAACCUACGACAAGAACAACUCGACAGAUUAAAAAUCCGCCGUAGUCUCGUCAAUGGAAAUGUACAGUUGCAGUGUUUGUUGGAAAGAAUGAACGAAUAUUUCAAGGUUGGUAUUUUGCUUUCAGGCUUAAUCUAAAUAGCUUAUUUACUGCAGGAGCGUCUUAUCACUUCUAAACUGUUCUCCCUACAGCUCCAGUAUGAAGCAUUCCUGAUUUGUCCGGUGUUACACACGUAUAAAAAAAUGCAUUAAUAAUUCAUGAAGAAGACACAAAAGAAAUCAUGGGCGUGAAGGAGUUUGUAUAUGUGAUACAGAUUCAUGUUGAUUUACAUAAACUUUAACUUUGAUUUUCAUUCAUGAAGAAAACACAAAAGAAAUCAUGGGCGUGAAGGAGUUUGUAUAUGUGAUACAGAUUCAUGUUGAUUUACAUAAACUUUAACUUUGAUUUUCUCGGCUUAGACAACGUUUAUUUUUAAAAUUACUUCGCCAAUGAACUCAUAAGAUGAGUCGUUUUUUAAGCCAUUUACAACAUUCGCGUCCGUAUUGUAUCGGAAAUACAAACUCUCGCCAAACUAUCCCAGUUCUUACAAGUUGUUAACAGCUUGUUGCAAACUUGUUGACAACUUGGGACAAGCAGUGCGAACACAACUUGUUGACAGCUUGUUGGCAGGUCUGUGCACAAGUUGUCGACAAAUUGUGUUUGCAAGGUUUGUUCCUAGUUGUUGUACCAAGUUUGGAAACAAGCCUAGUGGCGUAGCCAGGGGAGAGGGGGGCACCGCCCCUCCCAGCAUCACAAAAACCACUCUCCCAAAAAGUCUAAAUCCGUAGCGAGCUAAAACUGACUAAGUCUCGACCUAAGACAACGACAAUUUACUGGAGCAUACUAAAAUCCUGGAUGCUCAUGAGCACGCUCCGAUCAUAUAUGCAUCAAAAUCAUACAGUGUGCUUUUAGCGCUGCUCUUAACCAUGCUCAAGAGCAUAUUACAUGCACGCUCAUGGGCAUAUUAUAGGAUUUGGUGAAUAUUUGGGCGUGCUCAUGAGCAUACCAAAAUAUGGUAUCCUCAUGAGCGCUCUGCAUGCAUGCACGAAAGGGAUGUUCACGAUAAUUAUACAAAAAUCCAGCCUGCUCAUGAGCACACUCAUACACAUACAAGGAAAAUCGGCAAACAGCCAGUAUGCUCAUAAGCAUGCUCAUGAGCAAAUUACAGGAUAUUGUGGUAAGACAAACAUGCGGUAUUUUGUAUACCCAUGAGCACGCUGAUAUAUAUUCCAAAAUCCAGCAUGGACGGAAGCAUGCUCAUUAGCAUAUAUCACUGGAUUUAUGGAGCAUAAUGAGCGCGUGCUUAUGAGCAUACCAAAUAGCUGUGGUGAUUUGUGCUCAUGAGCAUACUGGAUUUUAGUACAUAUAUGGGCGUGCUUAUGAGCAUCCGUGUUCAUGAGCAUACUGGAUUUUAGUACAUAUAUGGGCGUGCUUAUGAGCAUCCCUUAUUUGGGUGUCUCAUGAGCACGCUCAUAUAUAUACCAAAAUCCGCUGAUACUGGUCGUGUUCAUGAGCAUACUGGAUUUUAGUACAUAUAUGGGCGUGCUUAUGAGCAUCCCUUAUUUGGGUGUCUCAUGAGCACGCUCAUAUAUAUACCAAAAUCCGCUGAUACUGGUCGUGUUCAUGAGCAUACUGGAUUUUAGUACAUAUAUGGGCGUGCUUAUGAGCAUCCCUUAUUUGGGUGUCUCAUGAGCACGCUCAUAUAUAUACCAAAAUCCGCUGAUACUGGUCGUGUUCAUGAGCAUACUGGAUUUUAGUACAUAUAUGGGCGUGCUUAUGAGCAUCCCUUAUUUGGGUGUCUCAUGAGCACGCUCAUAUAUAUACCAAAAUCCGCUGAUACUGGUCGUGUUCAUGAGCAUACUGGAUUUUAGUACAUAUAUGGGCGUGCUUAUGAGCAUCCCUUAUUUGGGUGUCUCAUGAGCACGCUCAUAUAUAUACCAAAAUCCGCUGAUACUGGUCGUGUUCAUGAGCAUACUGGAUUUUAGUACAUAUAUGGGCGUGCUUAUGAGCAUCCCUUAUUUGGGUGUCUCAUGAGCACGCUCAUUUAUAUACCAAAAUCUGGUGAUACUGGUCGAUACUGUUUGUAUUUUAACGGAUUUUAGUACAUAUAUGGGCGUGCUUAUGAGCAUCCCUUAUUUGGGUGUCUCAUGAGCACGCUCAUUUAUAUACCAAAAUCUGGUGAUACUGGUCGAUACUGUUUGUAUUUUAACGGUGAAAGUUUGGUAUUUUAAAGGUAAAUCUUUGAAAAGUGUUCUGAAACGAUAAACAGUACUUUUUUCCUCACGCUUCACGGUAAAUUUUUAGUAUUUUCACGACUGAUGGUAACCGAAAUUGAAUGAAUCACGACUCACGAUAUACCCCAUCAACACCCUCCUACAAGCCUAUUGUGAACACAUCUUGUUAAGAAAUUGUGAGAUUUUUACAGAAAAAACUUAGUGUUUGCAUGCACUAACCCGGCUGUGCCACCAACAAAUAUAAUCCUACUAUACCUCAUUCCAGGUUGAAGGCACCAAGUCAAGAAAAUACCCAAUGAACACAGAUCUUCGUUUGCCUGUAAAUGAAAAUAAGAUGAAAGUAUUAAUGGGGAAUAAUUCAAAACUGUACAACAACUCGGGUUUACCAGAAACAUAUUAUCGAUAUUUCGAAGUAGCACUUGGUUACUUCAUAACAGAUGGAUUGAAAUCGGAUUAUUGGAAGAACUACGAUUUUCAAACUUACUCUCAGCUGGUCGGUGGGGAGGAGGACCCGAGUGCUUUGUCGAGUGGUUCAAAGUUACAAGGUUAGCAUGGCUAGAUUUUAUACUCACUGCCGGAUUAACUAUAUGGCAGAAGUGGCAUUAAAUUUAAUUUAAUUUUCGAUUAAAGUGAACCAAGGUUAUAUGACUAUCUUGAACCAUGGUUAUGAAUAACGUUUUGAAUUAGGUUGAAUGGUAAUGGCAAUGACAUUCAAAGACAUUACCAUCCACAGGGACGCCGGAAAGUCGAUAAUUGGGGGGGGGGGCAGAUAUUCAUAUAUUCAUGUUCACAGACUGUAAAAACAAUCGCUUUCAAAGGAAAUAAAUGAUGCAGAACAUGAAUAUAUGAAUAUCUGCCCUCCCCCCCCAAUUAUCGACUUUCCGGCGUCCCUGACCAUCCAAGUUGAAUGGUUAUGCUGAUAAUAUUCAAAGACAAAACCAUCCAAGUUGAAUGGUUAUGCUGAUAAUAUUCAAAGACAAAACCAUCCAAGUUGAAUGGUUAUGCUGAUAAUAUUCAAAGGCAAAGUUGAAUGGUUAUGCUGAUAAUAUCCAAAGGCACAUCCAAGUUGAAUGGUUAUGCUGAUAAUAUUCAAAGGCAUUACCAUCCAAGUUGAAUGGUUAUGCUGAUAAUAUUCAAAGGCAUUACCAUCCAAGUUGAAUGGUUAUGCUGAUAAUAUCCAAAGGCAAUAUCAUCCAAGUUGAAUGGUUAUGCUGAUAAUAUUCAAAGGCAUUACCAUCCAAGUUGAAUGGUUAUGCUGAUAAUAUCCAAAGGCAAAAUCAUCCAAGUUGAAUGGUUAUGCUGAUAAUAUUCAAAGGCAAAAUCAUCCAAGUUGAAUGGUUAUGCUGAUAAUAUCCAAAGGCAAAAUCAUCCAAGUUGAAUGGUUAUGCUGAUAAUAUUCAAAGGCAUUACCAUCCAAGUUGAAUGGUUAUGCUGAUAAUAUCCAAAGGCAAAAUCAUCCAAGCUGAAUGGUUAUGCUGAUAAUAUUCAAAGGCAUUACCAUCCAAGUUGAAUGGUUAUGCUGAUAAUAUUCAAAGGAAAAACCAUCCAAGUUGAAUAGUUAUGCUGAUAAUAUUUAAAGGCAUUACCAUCCAAGUUGAAUGGUUAUGCUGAUAAUAUUCAAAGACAUUACCAUCCAAGUUGAAUGGUUAUGCUGAUAAUAUUCAAAGGCAAAACCAUCCAAGUUGAAUGGUUAUGCUGAUAAUAUUUAAAGGCAAAACCAUCCAAGUUGAAUGGUUAUGCUGAUAAUAUUCAAAGACAUUACCAUUCCAAGUUGAAUGGUUAUGCUGAUAAUAUCCAAAGGCAAAAUCAUCCAAGUUGAAUGGUUAUGCUGAUAAUAUCCAAAGGCAAAAUCAUCCAAGUUGAAUGGUUAUGCUGAUAAUAUUCAAAGACAUUACCAUAUCCAAGUUGAAUGGUUAUGCUGAUAAUAUCCAAAGGCAAAAUCAUCCAAGUUGAAUGGUUAUGCUGAUAAUAUCCAAAGGCAAAAUCAUCCAAGUUGAAUGGUUAUGCUGAUAAUAUCCAAAGGCAAAACCAUCCAAGUCAGUGAUUGAUUUCUCCAUUUAGGGAACAAAUACGGUAAUCGUCUACUUUUCAUGGCUAUAGCAGUGAACACAACUUUAUCCGCAGAUAAUUUGGGCUACGAGCGUGGCCUGCCGAUUUAUAACCAAUGGGAAGAUUUUGUUAAAGAUCAGGUAUGGCAGUAGAGAUUUUGAAGGUGUUGGUGUUGCAGUAGUUAGUGUAUGUGUCACAUAACUCACAUUUACCUUUGUGACUUGGGUUUGAUUUCUGCAAUAUGAAGUUGUGUGAUAAUAAUCUCACCGCAGUCGCAUGUGAAAUGACUGCGGUUUGACAUCUUAAGCCCUGGUCAAACAAGGAUCAGUUGAGAGUUGGUAGUCACGCAUUGCUACAGGGGACAUUUCAAGCUCUAGAUGAACAAAAUAAAGGUUUGAUGAAUGUUCCAACUAUGUUUUAACUUCAAUAGAAUACAUGAUAGUGUUGGGAAAGCAUUAAGAACAGCUAACCAAGUUCGCGUGACUACCAACUCCCAUGUACCGGCUCUCAUCCUCAUUUGACCUCGUUUUUAAUCCUUCAACAGUUUUUGAUUUUUUUUUCAUUAGAUGAAAGAAAUGCCUCCUUCCUGUCGCCAAGGCUUUCAAGCCACUGUUGGUGAACGAAAUGCAUGGCACUGGAUCAAAGUUCAACAGGUAAAUUCCUAGGUUUUCAAUCACGUGAUGUUCUAUCAUAAUUUUACUCAAGUGGGGCUCAAUAAUUGAAUCGGGGUCUAAAACAACGCAUUCUAUGUAAAUGAGUUUCCGACUAUAUUUAUAAAAGCCGACCUUGACACAGCCCCUUGACCCCCAUGUGACGUCAGAUGAAACCCAAGAGAAUCAAAGAUCAAACGGAAACCUCAUGAUCAGAUUAAAUUUAUGAUUACUAAACUGUUUCUCCUUAGAGUUCCAAUAACAUCACCCCUUAUUAGCCCAAUCAAUUCACUGUCACUACUGAAAGAAAUUGGAGAAUUCUGAGAAACCAUGUGUGGUUUGAUUGACGCGCAAAAAUCUCACAGUUUGUGUCAACAAGAUGUGUUCGCACUGCUUAUUCCAAGUUGUUUACAAGUCUGGAACAAGUUGUUGUCAUCUUGUAACAAAAUUGAUGGGGUCAACAGACUCGCAACAAGUUGUUCCAACAAGAUUGAUAUCGUCUGCAUGUAAUAUGUUGAUAACAAGUUGAUGACAGCAAACUUGUAGCAACUUGAACAGCCUUUACUAAUCUUGUUGGAACAACUUGUAGCAAGUCUGUUACCGUCAUCAACUUUGUGCCAAGGUGAACUGAUAUCAACUUGUUCCAGACUUGUCACAACAACUGGGUACAAGCAGUGAGAACACAUCCUGAUAUCGGCUUCACAACAACCUUGUUACAACUUCUUUCGUGAGAUUUGCAACAACUUGUGUCAAACAGGUAUUCUGCAGAAAUUAUAGCCUCUCCACAGAGGCAAAAGACGCAUCCUCUAACCAAUGUGUUAUUAUUUCUAGAUCUUAGUGAAGAAUGCAGUUCAAGGCGUUGCGUUGGGUCUGGCUUUAGCGUUGCUCAUCCUAACUGUCGCUACAAUGAACUGGAUUGUCAGUCUCUUAGCAACGCUGACGAUUGGUUUAAUCACAUGUUGUGUGGUGGGGGUGAUACCUAUGGCGGGCUGGAAACUAGGGGUCUUAGAAUCAUUGAAUCUAACCCUAGUGGUCGGUCUCUCAGUGGACUACGUUGUACACAUUGCACAACACUACGUCAGGGAGCAUCAGUCCAAAAGACUGGCACGAGUUCAAAGUACACUGGGUCACGUGGGUAUUUCAGUGUUGUCAGGCGCAUGCUCGACUUUGGGCGCCUCGGUGUUCAUGUUUGGCGCAAAAAUUUUGUUCUUUUUUCAGUUCGGGAUAUUUAUUUUCUCAACCGUUGCAUUUUCCUUGCUAUUUGCCCUCGUGUUUUUUGAAGCCGUCCUAGGACUUGUGGGACCACAGGGAAGUGUGGGGUCACUUGCACCAUGGGUGGGACAAUUCGUGGAUUAUCUGAGGGGUAAAACUAGGACUGAUGUGAAUUGCAAGGGAUGCGGAGGGAAAGGAUUUGUGAAGAAGGAUAUUGGAGUCGAAACAAAUUAGCCAAAGACGUUCUCGCUGGGUACAUCUAUAAUUCAUCUAUGUGUCAACAAAACUGUGGAUGUUUCUUCCCGCAUAAGGUGCCGUAGUUUCAUGAGCGGUGCCUCAACUGUAUCUGGUGACAGCUAUGAACUAUAUAGCCACAGGCUUAUGGGAGAUGAUUAUAAACUUUAUUUAACCACGCUAACAUUGUCAGCUAAAGCUGGUUUCCACAAUGGGCGUAUAAAACAAUAACAAAUUAUUACCAGUAUAGUAAUGAAAAUAGUAAUGCCGAAUUAGCAAAACAUUCUGUAUAGAUACAUUAUUUACAGAAAUGACGUAUUUUAAAAGCGAUGGGCAGCGAUUUUCCUUCCUAAAAUUGAUAAAAUGAAAAACGUGGCUAAAAAUGGACUUGUACCGUGGUUCAAGUCCUACAGAUGUCAUUUUGAGAUUUGAAAUGGUUGAAUUUUAAUUAUACAAUCUAGAGAAAAG